AUGCACCCCCCUCGCCACCUGUUUGCGCUCUCUCGCGGCCCCUCAUACUUUGCAUGGCAUAGGCCAUCGCACCGGUGCGCGCAUGCCGCGGCGUUCAUCAACGAGGGAACCGAGGCUGGACCGAGCCGCCCACGCCAGCGUAUGGACGACUACAUCUUCCCUACCAAGGGGAAGCGCGGCGGCCCACCAGACCCAUACGAAGUGCUCGCUCUGAAGCGCGGUGCUGAACCGCGCGAGAUCAAAGCGCAGUAUUAUAAGCUCGCUCUGGUGCUGCAUCCCGACAGCUCACACCCUUCAGCCUCAGCCGAGCACUUUGCGACCCUGAACCGAGCGUACAAGCUUCUCUCACUACAACAGUCGCGCACCUCCUACCUGCAAACGGGGUACGGAUGGACAGGGCCAACCGACGCCGAGGACCCGCAUGCGUCGGCGGACGCAGCGAUGCGUAGCUGGGCGCGACAUGCGCGUGCGAGCGGCGCGUCGAGCUGGGAGGCUGGGGCGCGGGCGCGCGGCUUCCGUGCGUCCGAUGGCAACUCGGGGUAUUACCACACACAUCCCGGAGAGGACUUUCCGUUUCACGACGCGCCGCCCAAGGGGAAUGGUGACGUGAUCUUCAUGAGCAACGGCGCGUUUGUGGCUUUCAUCGCUGGGCUUGCAGGCGUUACCGUAUUCGUCCAAUGUUACCGGGUAGGGACCUCAGCAAACGAUGUCAAGGCUGUGAUGGUCGACCGGCAUCUUAACGCAUCCAAAGCUCUUGCGGAGGCGCGUCACGAGGCUGCACUCUUCGGCAAGGAGCGGCGCGACCAGAUCCGCAGACGCGUGCGUGAGAACAACGUGCUCUCCGAGAUCCACAAGAUGGAGCGUGGAGAGGAGAGCACCGCGGCACACUCUGGCGUCGGACAUGUCCUAAGCAAGGAGGUAGAUGUCAGGCCUCCAUUACACCAACCCUCGACAACAGCUGAUCUGGCGUCGACCUCGGCUCCCUAG